CUCCCUCUUUUCUCUCUGUUUCCCUCACAAAACAGUGACAACACAUUCACAUUUCUCUUCGUUCGUAUCGAAAAAAAAGCCCUAAAAAUCAUCAAAUUAGGGUUUCCUAAUUCAUUGUAAAUGUUAUUUUCAUUGAUUUCCUAUUAAUUUCGACAUUAAUGGCCGAUUUAUCGAAGAGAUUUACCGUUGGUUACGCAUUAGCACCGAAAAAACAAGCAAGUUUCAUACAAUUAUCGCUUGUUAAUCUCGCAAAAGAAAAAGGAAUCGAUUUUAUUCAAAUCGAUAUGAACAAGCCGUUGAUCGAACAAGGUCCACCGUUCGAUUGCGUGCUUCAUAAAAUGUACGGUGAAGAUUGGAAAGAUCAACUAAUACAAUACAGUGUUAAAUAUCCGAAUGUAUUGAUAAUCGAUUCGCCUGAAGCGAUCGAGCGGUUACAUAAUCGGAUUACAAUGCUACAGGUAGUGACGGAGCUGGAAAUUGAAGAUGAAACGGUAUCGUUUGGUAUACCGAAGCAAACAGUUGUUUACGAUGCGAAAAUUGUAUCGGAAAGUUAUUUGAAUAGUGAAGGAUUGAAGUUUCCGGUAAUAGCUAAGCCAUUGGUAGCUGAUGGAAGCGCGAAAUCGCAUAAAAUGGUGUUGGUAUUUAAUAAGGAUGGAUUGAGUAAGCUGAAACCGCCAUUAGUAUUGCAGGAAUUUGUGAAUCACGGUGCGGUUAUAUUUAAGGUUUAUGUAGUUGGUGAUUAUGUGAAAUGUGUGAAGAGGAAGUCGUUACCGGAUGUAAUGGAGGAGAAUUUAGGGAAAUUAGAGAGUUAUUUAUCGUUUUCGCAGGUAUCGAAUUUGAAUACUUGUGAGAAAAAUGAUAAGUAUUAUAAAUUGAUGAAUUUAGAUGAUGCUGAGUUACCUCCAUUGAGUUUUUUGACUGAAAUAGCUAGAGGGCUUAGACGAGCUACGAAAUUGUAUCUGUUUAAUUUCGAUUUGAUUAGGGAUAAUAGGGUUGGUAAUAGGUAUCUUGUUAUUGAUAUUAACUAUUUUCCUGGUUAUGCUAAGAUGCCGAAUUAUGAGCGUGUGAUGACGGACUUUUUCUGGGAUGUAUUGAGUAAGAACGAUGAGGGUAAGGGUGGUUUCGAGAGUUUACAGAAGGGUAGUUGUGAAAAGGAGGUUAGGAUGUUUGUUGGGGGUAAAGGGUAUGGUGAGGAUGAAGGGACGUUACCGGUUUCGCCUCUUAAGAGGGAAGAAAACGAGAACGCGAACACUAUUCAGGUCUAAGGGUGUGAAAUGCAUGAAUCUUGCAUGGUCUGCGGGUGGCCAAGGGUCAGUCACAAAUUGCUGUGUGGCCUGCGGGUGGCCAAGGGUCAGUCGGAAGAUUUGCUUCAAGAUAUGGACUGUUUUGCAGGUGUUACUGGUAAAGCUGCUGCAGGGAUUUCGUUUAGGUAGGGGAGUUAGUAUAGCAGUGAAUAAGUAGGUUCCUGAUAUGGCCUUCCGAAGGCACUAGAUCGUGGUGUUCUUUGCCGAAAAAUGUACAUUCUAUCUUUGCAGUUGAGAUAGGUACUUUGCAGAUACCCUUUUCUAGGAAAGUUUAGGUUUUCUUAAAGGCAAUUGUAUUUCAUUGGUGACAAUAUUCCAAUAUGUGCCUUUAACAACUUUGAUCAAUGAAUUUCGGUGUAUUCUCAA